AGAAAUAGACUGAGGAGACUAUUUGGUAUUACCAUAUCUUCCUCGCUUUCCUCGCAAUACAACGUUGUUUCUUGGCCAUCAACCUUGUCUCUCUCUUCACACAUUGUUGUAGCCAAAUCUCCACAACACCCACACACAUUUUUUCUCCGUCGUUGUUCGUCCCUCUUUCUUGCUUUCUUAUUAAAACAAUGCUCGCCUUCUCUCCCUACCCUUUUCCGCCGGAUAUCUGACCAGAGAUUCUACAGUUGUUCUUGCAACUUUAAUGGCUCACCAUACAUCCCGAGAUUGCUUCCCUGGUUCUCUCCUUUCUGGCUCCGCCGCCACCUCCCUCGACCCUGCCGAGACUGACCUCACAUGGCCUUUUGGGGACCUCUACAGUCUCGACCGCGAAGAUAUUCGGGAGACCGCAUAUGAAGUUUUCUUUACAGCUUGUAGAUCCUCCCCUGGCUUUGGCGGUGGCCGGAAUGCAAUCACAUUUUACUCUUCACAUAAUCAUGAUGCUGGAGAUAGUGGAGGAUCUGGGUCAUCCUCGGGGUUUGGUUCUGUCUCUUCCGGUGGUGGUCGGUUAGGCAAUGGCCCACUAGUUGUAACGACUCCAACAAGUAAGAUAAAAAGGGCUUUAGGGCUAAAGAUGCUGAAAAACUCACCGUCCAGGAGGAUGUCAAGCGUGGCUAAUGGUGGUGGGGGCGGAGGAGGAGGUGGGGGGACAUCACCAGGGCCUCCAAAUAUACUACUGCAACAGAGUGGGGGGUACAGCCCAAUUUCGAUGUACAAUACUGUGCCGGCAACAAGGCCAAGGCGGCCUCUGACUUCAGCGGAGAUAAUGAGACUACAAAUGAAGGUGACAGAGCAGAGUGAUAAUAGAUUGAGAAAGACGCUCAUGAGGACUCUGGUUGGCCAAAUGGGAAGGAAAGCAGAGACGAUAAUUCUGCCAUUGGAGCUGCUCCGCCAACUUAAACCAUCAGAAUUCAAUGACAUGCAAGAGUAUCAUAUUUGGCAAACGCGUCAGCUCAAAAUCUUGGAGGCCGGACUUCUCCUCCACCCAGCAAUCCCAAUAGAAAAGUCCAACUCCUAUGCAAUUCGUCUCCGCGAAAUCAUCCGUGCCAGCGACACAAAACCCAUUGACACAAGCAAAAAUUCAGACACCAUGAGAGCCUUAUGCAACAGUGUUGUUACUUUAUCUUGGCGAAGCCCCAAUGGUGCACCUGCCGAUGUCUGCCAUUGGGCUGAUGGCCUCCCUCUUAACCUUCACCUUUACACAUGCCUUCUUCAAGCAAUUUUUGAUUUCAGGGAUGGAACAUUAGUUCUUGAUGAGGUUGAUGAGCUUGUGGAGUUGAUGAAAAAGACAUGGUCUACGCUAGGAAUCAAUAGAUCAUUGCACAAUCUAUGCUUUGCUUGGGUACUUUUUCAACAAUAUGUAUUGACAAAUCAAAUUGAGCCUGACCUUCUCUAUGCUGCACAUGGUAUGUUGUCUACAGAGGUGGCUAAUGAUGCAAAGAAGCCAGACCGAGAGGCAACGUAUGUUAAGCUAUUGUGUUCUAUGUUGGCCUCGAUGCAAGGAUGGGCAGAGAGGAGAUUGCUUCAUUACCAUGACUAUUUCCAGAGAGGAAAUGUUUUCUUGAUUGAGAAUCUUCUGCCUCUGGCUCUAUCAGCAUCAAAGAUUUUAGGCGAGGAUGUUUCUCUCAUUGAAGGGACGGAGACAGAUGACUGGAAAAUAGUGGAUUCAUCUGGGGAUCGCGUGGAUCACUAUAUUCGAUCUUCAAUAAAGAACGCAUUUGCAAAAGUAAUAGAAACUGGAAGCUAUAAAAGUACGAGCGUGGAAGUGAAAGAUGAGGCCAGCGAGGCUCUCCUCCAAUUAGCUAAAGAAACAGAGGAUUUGGCAUUGAGAGAGAGGGAAAGUUUCAGUCCUUUACUGAGGAAAUGGCAACCAAUUGCAGCUAGUGUUGCGGCUGUAACACUGCAUCAUUGCUAUGGGGCAGUGUUGAACCAGUAUCUUGCUGGGAUGUCUUCACUCAAUAACGAAUCAGUUGAAGUACUGCAGAGGGCUGGAAAGCUGGAGAAUUUUUUGGUUCAAAUGGUGGUUGAAGACUCAGCAGAUUGUGAAGAUGGAGGAAAAGCAAUCGUGCGAGAGAUGGUUCCAUAUGAAGUCGAUUCAGUCAUAAUGAGGGUCAUGAAACAAUGGGUUGAAGAAAGGAUGAAAAAAGGGAGAGAAAGUUUUCUCCGACUUAAAGAAUCUGAAACAUGGAAUCCCAAGUCCAAAAACGAGCCAUACGCACAGUCAGUUGUGGAGUUAAUGAAAUUAGCCAAGGAAACGGUGGAUGAAUUCUUUGAAGUUCCUGUUGGAAUAACUGAUGAUCUUGUUUCUGAACUCGCCGAAGGUUUAGAGCAUCUCUUCCAAGAGUACAUCAAAUUUGUUGAGGCUUGUGGAUCAAAACAGAGCUAUGUCCCCACUCUACCUCCCCUGACCAGAUGCAACCGUGACUCCAAGUUGUCCAAGCUGUGGAAGAUAGCUACUCCAUGCAGUGUUUCAGCAGAAGAAAUGCAGCAACAUGGAAUAGCUGGAGCUCACCAUCCAAGACCAUCAACAAGCCGAGGAACACAACGCCUUUAUAUCCGACUCAACACGCUGCACUAUCUUCUUUCUCAUCUGCAUUCUUUAGACAAGACCCUCACCCUUGCUCCAAGAACUUUUUCUUCAUCUCGUACACAUGCGAACCACCGCAGAAAUCGUUCCUCUGCCUCUGCUUACUUUGAAGAAGUUCAUCCAUCCAUCCAAUCUGCCUGUCAACACGUCUCAGAAGUGGCUGCAUAUCGUUUGAUCUUUCUCGACUCGAACUCAGUCUUCUAUGAAACUCUCUAUGUGGGUGAUGUAGCAAAUUCCAGGAUUAGGCCUGCAUUAAGAACCCUGAAGCAGAAUCUUACUCUUUUGACAGCAAUUGUUACAGACCGUGCUCAGGCUUUGGCAAUGAGAGAAGUAAUGAAGGCAACUUUUGAGGCCUACCUCAUGGUUUUGCUUGCUGGAGGGUCCUCUCGAGUGUUCUAUCGGACUGAUCAUCCGAUGAUUCAAGAAGAUUUCGAAAGUCUAAAGCGCGUGUUUUGCACAUGUGCUGAAGGAUUAAUCAAUGAGGAGCUGGUGGAGGGGGAGGCUGAUAUAGUUGAAGGUGUAAUAACAUUGAUGGGUGAAUGUACAGAGCAGCUAAUGGAAGAUUUCAGCAUUGUGACUUGUGAAACAAGUGGCAUAGGAGUUGUGGGUACAGGACAAAAACUGCCAAUGCCACCAACAACAGGAAGGUGGAAUAGAGCAGAUCCAAACACAAUCUUAAGAGUCUUAUGCUACAGAAAUGACAAAGCAGCAAAUCAGUUCUUGAAGAAAACUUUCCAAUUGGCAAAGAGGAGAUGAAUGAAGAUGACAAUUUUGACCUGUUGUAAUUUACGCCACCAAAGGUCAUUAUAAAAUGUGAGAGAGCUAACAUUAACAAGAACUGCUGUGGGAGUAUUGGCCUUAAUUCUUUGUAGCUGUAGGAUUUGUUAGUACCUAUCAGUGGAAAACUUUUUACUAGGGAGUGUGUGACAAGGAAGUGUGUGCACACCUUAUUUCUUCUUUUUUUUAAAAAUUUUUUUAAUUGUUAAUUUGAUUGUAUACUUGAGAAAUGAAAUAGAGAGAGAAAGGGGGGGAUCCUGAGAUGUUAAGCAAAACUGUUCAGUUAUGUUGUUAAUAUGUUUCUGUCUAGUAAAGUUAAAGCAA